AUGCCCCAAAGCAAGGCAGGCCACCUGAGUAAUCUUCAUGGACAUGCUGAAAUAAACACUAAGAGGACCAGGAACCGGACCGAACUGGACUUUUCCAUCACUAGGGCUGGCAAGUCCACCUUCGUGCAGCGCAUUACCUCCUACCUCCACUCGCAAAAUCCUCAACAACCGCCAUACAUCCUAAACCUUGACCCAGCGGUUACUCAUGUGCCAUUUGAGGCCAACAUUGAUAUCCGGGAUACUGUAAACUACAAAGAAGUCAUGAAACAGUAUAACCUAGGACCGAACGGUGGCAUUUUGACUGCCUUGAAUCUUUUUACGACGAAAUUUGACCAGGUUCUGGAGUUGAUCGAGAAACGGGCUGAGACAGUCGAUCACAUAAUUCUUGACACUCCGGGGCAAAUUGAGAGUUUUACUUGGUCAGCAUCUGGUGCUAUCAUCACGAAUGCCGUUGCUUCCUCAUUUCCCACUGUGGUGGCGUACAUCAUCGACACCCCACGGACGACAGCUCCAGUGACAUUCAUGUCUAACAUGCUGUAUGCCUGCAGUAUUAUGUACAAGACAAAAUUACCAUUCAUCCUGGCAUUUCAAGUCGCUCUUGCGUCCCAUUUAGGAUUGAGGGACUCUGAAGGUGGACCGACUUAUAUGAACAGUUUGAUGAAUAGCGUGAGUCUCGUUUUGGACGAAUUCUACAAACACCUCAAGGCUGUCGGCGUCUCAAGUACAACAGGUGCCGGUAUCAAGGAAUUUUUCGAUGCGGUGGAGGAGUCUCGUGAAACAUAUAGGACUGAAUAUCUCCCAGAACUUGAACGCGCCCGCGCGGCACGGGAAAACUCACUGCAGGAUAUAAAAGAGGACUCAAUAAAUCGCCUGAUGAAAGAUCUUGCCGUUGAUCAUGCAGCAAAUCCCAAGGCAGCCGCAGAAGACCGCUGGGCGUCAGACGAGGAAGAUGUCGAUGAUGACGACGAGCUGGAAGUCAACCUGAUCGAUCGGAGUGAAGAACCAUAUCCUGGCCAAUACAUCGACGUCACGCGUAUGCGAGGACACAGUGAGAACAUAAACUGGCCGAACCCGGGAUGA